CUUUGCAGCAUAGCGGAUCGACCACAGACAAGGAUAUGCGUAAAUGUUGCGGGAAAAUACCGAUGGAAUUCUUUUCAAACAAUGCCUUGUCGCGGCUAGAUUGCUGGGAUCUUUUGAAAUCAUUUGAUGGAUCUGUAGUAAGUUUACACGCUUGCUGACCAAGGACGCCUACAGUUCAUUGCGGUUUCGCUGCGGCUGCAGCAGGGAGCUACUUGAAUUCUCAAAUAGUUUUACUAACGCAACGGGAUCCCUAUCGACCACGAGAAAUGCUGCACCGGCUUCCUUACAAUGACUGUGUUUCAUUCAGAACUUUGUAGAAAGCGGAUGGUCCGAAUGAAGCUUGCUUUGUAGGCUAUCUAUAAAACAAGCCUCGUUUUCUUUUGAAGACAGGGCAAAUGUCUGAUUGAGGAUUUUAAACUGUCAAUAUUAUCGAUCGAGAUGGAAAGCGAGGUUUUCCCCACCUACCUUAAGCAAUUUAUGCUGAGCCCGCUUGUCACUUGGGUGAAGACAUUUGGGCCUAAUGAGGAUACCACGCAAUUUGAUUAUUCUGAGUUGCUGGACGGGGUCUUUUUGAACGAGAUCAUGAAUGAAAUAAAUCCCAAAUCUUCUCUUGAGUGUGUAAACAAAGUGAACAUGGACUCCGUUCAGAGGAUCCAGAACCUGGCGGUUUUGAUCCGUCAAAUCAAAAUGUAUUACCUGGAGAAUCUGAGGCAAUUGAUCAUGAUCCCCCCUCCUAACGUGCUGCUGCUUGGGAAGUCACCUCACUCGGAGCAAGGCCUGGAGGAGAUGAAGAAGGUGUUGCUGUUGCUGUUGGGGUGUGCUGUCCAGUGUGAGAAGAAAGAGGAGUACAUUGACCGGAUCCAGACACUCGACUUCGACACGAAAGCUGCCAUAGCAGUUCACAUCCAAGAGGUGACCCACUGUGAGGACAGCGUUCUGGACCUCCACUGGCUGGAAGCCAGCGGCCUUCACCCAGACGACCUGGAGACGGUGUCCAGGAACAUGGCUCUCCACCUCAGACGGCUGGUGGAGCAGAGGGACUCACAGCUGGAGUCCAUAGUGGAGCUCAUGCUGAACAGGGAGAGCCCCCCGCCCUCUCCUCCAGACGCCCAGUCCCCCAGCGAGAGUCCCAGCAUGCACCAGCAGCAGGCAGGCGCCCAUCAGCACCUGGCUGUGGAGCUAGCCGACGCCAAGGCCAAGAUCAGACGCCUGCGACAGGAGCUAGAGGAGAAGAGCGAGCAGGUGCUGGACUGCAGACAGGAGCUGGAGAACACAGAGGCUGAUCUGAAGAGGCUUCAACAUGAGAAUGCGUCGUUGCUGGCGGACGCGCGGGCGGCGCGCACGUACCGCGACGAGCUGGACUCCCUGAGGGAGAGGGCCAUCCGGGCGGACAAGCUGGAGAGCGAGCUGGGCCGCACCCGGGAGAAACUGCACAACAUGGAGUUCUACAAGACUAAAGUGGAGGAGCUGAAGGAGGACAACCAGGUUCUGCUGGAGACCAAGGCGGUGUUGGAGGAGCAGGUGGAGGGCUGGCGAACACGCUCAGACAAGCUGCACCAGCUGGAAAAACACAGUCUGCUGCUGAAAGCCCGGGUCCACGACAUGGAACAGGAGAAGGAGGUGGACAGGAGGCGUGUCGAGGAGCUGCAGGAGGAGAACCUGGCUCUGUGUCUGGCCCAGAGGAGAAGCAUGGAGGAGUCCCAGCAUCUGGGCUGGGAGCUGGAGCAGCUCUCCAAGAGCCCUGACAACACAGAGAGUCAGAAGUCCCUGAGCGAGGAGGUGAGCGAGAAGACCAGGAGUCGUCUGCUGAAGCUGGAGAAAGAGAACCGCAGCCUGCUCAGGACCAUCGAAGACCUGAAUGCCGUCUGCCGCCUCCGACCGCACCACGACCACAACCACCCCUCGGCAGACAUCCACAGCUCCGCACAGAGUACAGCCUCCUUUGAGCAUCCCCUGCCAGGCCGUAACGAGACGAGGGACACCGCCGCCAUGGACGAGAACGACUCGUCGCUUUCCUACACGUCGACGCUUCAGUGCCCCCACGGCGACGAGUCCGAGGCAGAGAUCGCCCGGCUGGAGAGGGAGAGCGAGACCCUGGAGGAGAAGAUGGACCCUCGGGAGCAGGAGAAAGGUCAGCUGGAGGAGGAAGGGGGCCUGAAAGACCUGACCCCCGACCUGGAAGCGCCAGAGAAAGGCUCUCCUCACUGCUCGCCCUGUUCCAAGAACAGCAGCCCUGUCUGGGGCAGCUUGGCGAGCCGCUCGCCCUACUCCUCCAAGCACACGGAGCGUCUGCAGGCCAAGUGCGGCGUGUUGGACACGGAGAACCAGCGCUUACAGGCUGCCCUGGACAACACUGGUCGUAAGCUCCAGCGCGUGGAGGCGGAGGUGCAGGAGCUGGAGGCGGAGAACCAGGCCCUGCAGGCGAGGCUGGAGGAACUCCGGAUCUCCUCCCGGAGGCUGGAGCAGCUGGAGGUGGAGAGCCGUACCCUGGAGCAGGAGGCCUCGGGCCUGGAGAGGGACAAGAGGAGGCUGGAGAAGGACAACCGCAGGCUCAGGCAGCAGGCAGAGAUCCAGGACGCCACCCUGGACGCGGCCAACGUGCACGUGGCCAGACUGGAGCGAGAAGCCCGCGCCCUGGGAAAGGAGGCUGAGGGCCUGAGGGAGACGGCCGAGAGAGUGAAGGCCCUGGAGAGGGACAACAGGGAGCUGGCCAAGCAGAACGCCAUCGACCAGAGGACCCUGGCCACGCUCAGAGAGGAGUUGGUGAGUGAGAAGCUGAAGAGCCAGCAGAGAGAGAAUGAGCUGGAGAGGCUGGCCCACCAGCUGGACCUGAAGGUGUUUAACCUGGACUCUCCAGCCAGCGAUGAGGAGACCUCAGAGAGCAGUAGGUUCAAGAUGCUGGAAUCGGAGCUGGAGUCUUCCCUGAAGAGGUCCCUGCAGAUCAAGGAAGACAAGAUGGCCGCCCUCGAGGCUCGUCUGCAGGAGUCCUCCUCCCUCAACCAGCAGCUCCGCCAGGAACUCAAGACUGUGAAGUUGAACUACGAGGCGCUGCAGCAGAGAAACGAGGAGGAGCGGACGGACGCUGGCUCCGCCCCCCAGAGGGAGAGUGGCAGGGCUGCCAGCGAAUGGCAGUGGGAGAGCCAGGAGGCCACUAGGGAACUGCUGCGGGUGAAGGACCGCCUCAUCGAGGUGGAGAGGAACAAUGCCACCCUGCAAGCGGAGCGCCAGGCUCUGCAGGCCCAGCGGACUCAGCUGGAGGCCCAGUCUGAGGGGCUGCAGGCCCAGAUGCUGGCCCUGCAGAGGCAGACCGCCUCGCUGCAGGAGAACAACACGGUGCUGCAGACACACAACGCCAACCUGCAGGUGGAGAAGUCCACGCUGAACUCCCAGAGCGCCUCCCUACUGGCCCAGAACGCCCAGCUGCAGAGGCAGCAGUCGGCGGCGGAGGGGGAGCGCGAGGGCGUGGCGCGGGAGCGCGAGGAGGCGCGUGGCGUCCACGAGCAGCUGCUGCGCGACCACGAGCGUCUGGCGGCGCUGCACGAGCGUCAGGCCCAGGAGUGCGAGGCGCUGAUGGGGAAGCACGGCGGGCUGAAGCACGCUCACCGCAGCCUGGAGCUGGAGCACCGCACCCUGCAGGACAGGUACAACACUCUGCUGCAGCAGAGAGCCAGGCUGGAGGGCUUGGAGAAGGAACUGAAGGAGGAGCAGGAGAAGAUGGCCCUGGAGAAGGAGCAGCACAGGACCACCGCUUCCGAGUGCUGCAGGCUCCGGGACGAGAAGGACUGGCUGAACCAAACCUACCGCCAGCUGGUGAAGGACAACGAAGAGCUCCAAGCCGACCAUAAGAACCUGAAGAGCCUGCUGAACAGCACCAAGCUGGACCAGACCAGGCUGGAGUCGGACUUCUCCAAGCUCAAGGAUCAGUACCAACAGCUGGACAUCACCUCCACCAAGCUCACCAACCAGUGCGAGCUUCUGAGACAGGUGAAGGGGAACCUCGAGGAGGAGAACCGCCAUCUUCUGGACCAGAUCCAGACCCUGAUGCUGCAGAACCGGACCCUGCUGGAACAGACCAUGGAGAGCAAAGACCUGUUCCACGUAGAACAGAGACAGUACAUAGACAAACUGAACGAGCUCAGGAGGCAGAAGGAGAAGCUAGAGGAGAAGAUCAUGGACCAGUACAAGUUCUACGACCCGUCACCUCCACGCAGGCGAGGGAACUGGAUCACCCUGAAGAUGAGGAAGCUGAUGAAGCCUCGCAGCCGAGAGCGAGGGUCCGAGCGCUCCCCGCCCCCCACGCGCUCCGCCUCCAGGGAGGGCCCCGCCGGGGGCCCCGUCCCCUCCUCCUGCCAGGACGACGGCUCCUUCGUCGGGGGCUCUGCCUCCACCUCGGUGACCGACGCGAUCUCGCCGCGCCGCCGCAGCAGCACCCUUAAUGACCUGAUGGACACUUCGGCCCUGGCCGUGGACCAAUGGGGUGCCAGCUCAGAGCAGCUGGAGGGGGAGGGGUCAGAGGGCGAGGAGGAUGGGAAGGAGACGUUGACCUCUUCCUCCCUCACCUCCUCCAUCUCGUCCAUCAUCCAUCCUCAUCACUCUGUCAUCACCACACCCUGCCAUCUCACCACCAACAACCCAUCAGCUGUGCCGGAAUGUUCUGAGUUCUGGGUGUCAGACAAGGAUUCUAAUGACAGCGCCGUCCCAUCUGGCUUCGACGACAACGAUGACUUACAGAACCACGGUCUGAAUGGCGUGGGGAGUCGUGCCCAGAGCGAGAGCAGCGGUGAGUUCAGCCUCAGCCUGGACAACGAGCCGUGGUCCAACGGAAGCAGCCCCAUCCAGCACCAUCCAUCCCGCCGCUCCUCCUCCUGCCAGCCCCCCUGCGACACCUCCACCCCCCGAAACGGACGCCCGGCUCACAGGGACAAGGCGUCCAAGGGCUCCUCCCUGCCCAUGCCCAUCCCCACCACCACCAGCACGCCUGGCGCGAGCCACUCCACGCACAGACCGAGAGAGGCGGCAAACGGGGACGUCUGGCCGUGCCGGAUGAGCGUCAUCCGGAGGGGCUCGGGCGGGAAGAUCGCCCGCCGCUUGUCCGCCGUCGAGACGGUCGGCGGCAAACCGGUCGAAGGACCUCCGGGGGCGAGUAAACCAGAGCAGACCCCCCGAGCCUCCGCCUGCUCCCCGAUCACGGUCCUCUACGUCCAGGGUAAGUCGUCCUCGGCGUCGGGCUGCCUCAACUGCUUCUCCGCCCCGCUGGGGAGAGACGUCCGCCUGAGGGGGCCGCGACCCCCGUCCUCGCUGCCCCGGGCCAGCAGCGUCAUCUCUACGGCCGAGGGGUCCUCGCGGCGCUCCAGCGUCAACAGCGACUGCAGGGUGGCGGCGGGAGCCAAGAUCGACCUUGCGAUCUCGCCGGCCAACGGUAUUCAAGAGAUCGAGGAUUGCGGGGAGGAUUCAGCCCAUCGGGACGAGCGACAGCAUACGGGUUUGAAAGAGCCCGUGCCGCCAGUCAAGCCCCCCAGAGACCCAGCUGUGGCCGCAGCAGAAUCUGAACCCAAGACUUCCUGUGUGGAGUCUCUGUUUGGCUCCCCCUUCGAUUUCACCGCGGUUUUCUCCGACACUAUCUUCAGCGAGGCGGCGGUCGCCACUCACUCCGAGAACCAGAAGAACCAGACGUUCCUUUCUCUAAACCCUUCCCUUGUCCGGAACAUCAGCUGCCCGCCCCUGAAGCAGGAGUCCACUGACGACACGGCUCGGCCAGAGGACCAGACCCAAUCUGCUCGAAACCAAAAUGGCCGCCAUGACUGUGAAAACGAGAGGGAGGUUACCGAUGACAAGCAGUUUGUUAUUGCAUGAAUACGAUCCUGAUUUGGAGUUAUGCAUAUAAAAAUACAGUUGCUAUGCAUCAUUUGAAUCUACUCUGAGUGAAGGAAAAGCUACAUUUAAAUGUUUAAUUUUGUUGGAAGGGAACGGCAGUACUGACUAGGUUCUUUUUAGGAGUAGAUGAAAGUAGAACUCAUUUUAGAGGACUUAUUCACAACACUGUAUGUCUUUAAGAUCCCUCAACUUUUAGAUACAGUUUUGUACACAUCAAGCACUACACCAUCCUAUUGUUAUGGGCUUGAAUCACAAGUUUAAAUAAAAUAUAAUUGAUAUGGGUUUACCUUACCUUAAUAGGAACACAUUGUUAGUAGAUCAUUCUUGUAUUGCUAUUACCUGGCGUAAGCACAUUGACAAUCCUACUUUGUGUAUUUUAAGUUUGUUUGCCAAAACCCUCUUCAGUGUUGUGGAAAAGUAUUUGUAUGUAUUUUAUUUGUAUUUAUAAGCCCUUUUUGAGUGUGUCCUCAGUACUCAAAUGCACUUGUGAGUAACCCGCUCUGUUUCAAUAGUUUUUUUUUUUUAAGUUUUUUUUUGCUAUUGUGUUAUUUAGGCCUGGGAAAACUUUAUCGAAACAUGCUCAUUAGAAGCAUAGUGUAUAUGUUG